CGAAAUGUUUCGCGGGGCUGACGGUGACGCCUCGAAGAAUAUGGACCAGGUCCAGCUGAAGAAACCGACAGUGCCCUCGAAGGAGGCUGCCCCGAAACGUGAUGUUCUGGGCGCUCUACAGAACUGCGGGGCCAUCGUGAAGCCGUCGACAAUCAUUCGGCCCGCCAAGUUAUUGGCCGGCAUCAAUGACAUCGACGCCAAGGACGGGGGGAGCCUCGUGCUCGUCUCGGAGUAUGUCAACGAUAUCUACGACUAUCUGUACAGGCUGGAGGCCGAGCAGCCGAUCCGCAAGAACCACCUGGCCGGCCAUAGCGAAAUCAACCACAAGAUGCGGGCCAUUCUGAUCGACUGGGUCAACGAGAUGCAUUGGGGGUUCCAGUUUACGGCCGAAACCUUCCAGCUGGCCGUGGCCAUCAUCGAUCGCUAUAUGCAGGCCGUCCAGAACACGGAGCGCAGCAACCUGCAGCUGGUGGGCGUGACGGCCCUCUUCAUUGCCGCCAAAUACGAGGAGAUGGUCCGGCAAAAAAUUAAAGACUUUGUCUUCAUCACCGAAGGAACCUACUCGGCCAGUGAGAUCCGCGCGAUGGAGCUGCAGAUCCUCCGGGCCAUCGAUUUCAAUCUGUCGCGUCCGCUGCCGAUUCACUUCCUGCGGCGCUACACAAAGGCCGCUGGGGCCCACCAUGAGCACCACAUCAUGUCCAAGUAUUUUGUGGAAUUGGCUUCAGUAGACUACGAUUUGGCCAGCCGCAAGCCAUCAGAGGUUGCUGCUGCUGCUCUGUUCCUGUCGCUGCACUUGCUCAAUGCCAACCACCGGGCCGGCACUGGCUUCAACGACCAGCUCUGGACACCGACUCUGGCCCACUACUCCCGCUACACGGCCGCCCACCUGCGGCCCAUCACGCGGCAGAUCGCCGAGCUGGCGCGCGAGGCACCGCAGGCGCAGCUGCAGGCCAUCCACAAAAAACACCAAUGCUGGCAGUUCUUUGAGAUCGCAAUCAGGCCCGAGCUGAGCGGCCCCCUGAUUAACUCCAUUGUGGGCCAAAAGAACUACUUUUGUGACUCCCCAAAUGUUUAAGUUUUGAUUUUUUCUUCAUUUUUUUUUC